GUGAAGUUCCGUAGCUGGUUGGACUUAAAAGAAAGUAGCAUCGCUGACAAGUAGAUUCCGGGUAUAAGCUUUAACGUGAACUAUUACAAAGGAUUAUAUUUUUGACUGAUUUUUUGGGUUUGUUUUAUAAGCUGUUGGAUUCGAAGAUGCUGAAAGUGUACCUCAUGUUGUUUUUAUUGGCUGCUGCUGUCUUCGCAGAAUCGGUACGAGAAACAGAAACAUGGAUGCCGUUAAAGGCUGAGGAGCAACACGACCUCAAUGGAUCCGGUGAUUUUGCCUUCCUAGAUGAGGAACGCACAAUGAUCGACGAUGAGGACGCAGACAAUUACGACGACUAUGAUGAUGAUGAUGGGGAUAUGUCAGGCUCUGGUGAUGAAGAGGAAGAAGACCUACUUGAAACGUCCAGGCCUGGACUGUUGGAUAACCGCAUCCCUGACCAAGAUUCAGUUCCCAAGAUUCAGUCACGGGACGAAGAGGACCUCAACUUGGUGAAACACAACGAGGUUGCUUUCCCACCCAGUGUUCUCCUGUCCCACGCCGGAGAACAUAACAUCUUUGAGAAGGCAGAAGUGCUGGCGGCCGUUAUUGCUGGCGGUGCAGUUGGGCUUCUCUUUGCUGUCCUCCUUAUUGUCCUUCUGGUCUAUUGCCUGAAGAAAAAGGACGAAGGCAGUUACGACCUUGGCAAGAAACCCAUCUACAAAAAAGCACCCACUACCGAGAUCUAUGCAUGAACGAACACACACAGACACACACACACACUCGAGCAAAUGCAGACUCUGACCUCUAAUCUCACAUAGUGCCUCUGAUGCACAGUCAGCCUCCUUCUCUCUUCGUUGUGAUAUGCCACAGAAUGUCACCAUUUCAAACGAAAAGUGAUUGCUGGACGCUUUGCAUACAACUUUAUCCGUUUCAUACCCACCUGGAAAGGAGGCUUUCUGAGGCCAAACUGCACUGUACAAGUCCUGACAUUCUCCUUAGUUCCCCUGUUUGUCUGAACUAAAUUGCCAUUGUGUUCUCCUUUCCCUUCCCUGCUUUGUAAUACACUACAAGGUGCAAAGAGCCCUUUGCAGGUAAAUGAUAUGGAUUAGAAGUCAAUGCAAACUUUAAUCACCCUGCACGCAGUGAAAAACACACUGCUGACACAUGUCUGCGCCAUUGGCAGAAUAGGUGCUGUUGAGGGGAAUGUUACUGUAACCUUCUGACUUUUAAGGAAUGUUUUGGUUUUUUAAACCCUCUGCUAAUUGAUUGAUUAAUUUUGUCCAAUCUUAGUAGUAUCAGAAAUGCAAGAUGGAUUUCUGAAGAAUUGAGAUUGAAAAUUGAGAACAGACUAUUUUAUUUAGUGAAACUGACCUUUGGGCAUUGGCAUUAGCCUAGGGAAGUCUGUCUAAAAGCUUCAAUUAUGCUACCAUUGUAGCAACUACUCAUUGUUAAUACAGUAACCAAGGUACCCUUACAUUCCAAUAUAUCCAUGUCAUGAUUACUAUCAGUGACCUGAGUUUGAGGCUAAAACCAUUUUUAAAGCAGAUUAUGGUUUUCUGAAUUAACUGACAACCAAGUGCAGACUUUGUUACUCUGAGCUGCUGUUGUCAUUUAACAUCUCGUUUAACAGGUACAUGUCAAGUGCUUUUGACCAAAAGGCAUGGUCUUUGCAAACAGACUUCUAAUUUCCAGGGAUCUGUAUAUAGCCGUUUGAAAAAGUACAGUGUAGUACUUUGCCAUCUUUUGGCAGACUUUUAUUUACCAAAUAUUUAAAUGCCAAUUUUUUUUUUUUUUUGUAUUGUUUUAUCCCGGUAUUGAAUUUGUAAAUUAAACAUGGAAUGAUUGUCUUAUGCUUGUUAUUAUACUUUACCAGCGAGGAAGAGUAUGAAGUUUAAAAAAGACCAAUGCUAAUACUAAUGUUUUUCUGUCCAUGUGUUGGUUAACUUUUUUUCUGUGUCUUUCUUCAUCUCUUCAGUGUUUCAUAGGUUACUUUUUUAUUGUAUUAAUUUAACUGUCACAUAGCCUAUUUUAUUGUCUUCCUUCAGGUCGGGGAUCCUCCCCUGUAAGCUGUACAUGUGAUUUUUAGAAAAGAAAAAUCUAUACACUAGUGAUUUUCAGAGGACUUCUGAAGCAGGUUUGUUGUUUUGUAAAAUUUUCUAUUUCUUUUAGACAUUUUUAAGCGAUAUAUAUUUAUAUUUUGUAGAAGGACUCUCAUAGAAGUGCCAGGGUGAGUGAGCCAUGUUAUUUACAUGGGGAAGAGUAAAAAAUCUGCUGCUUUUUUUUUUUUUUUUUCCUCUCUUCAUCAUGAUGUGAAAUCACCUAUCUAGUCAAGAGAUCAAUGAAUCAUUGAUUUCUGCAUGCAGGUUCUAAUCUGUUUGGAAAUAAAGCUAUUUUUAUGCACAAUAA